CAGCAACGCAUCAAAAAAUGCUCCGACACAUGCACACAUAGACAGAGAGAGCGAGAGAGAGAGAGAGGGGUUUUUACCACCGUCGGUUUCGUCGUUUCUCUCUCUAGAAAUCGAAGAAGAAGGAGAAGAAGAAGGACAAUGGGGAAGAGAAGAGGAGUAUCAGCAGUGAACGUGCUUUUCGCAUGGCAGAAAAGGUUGUCGAAAAAGGUUAAGACAGCUCUAGGAAUCAUCCUGUCUCUGCUCCUUGUCGUGUCUCUGAGAUUCACAGUGAAGAAUCACAACCACUUCUUCGUCGCCUCCGAAUCCAUUCACGCCGCCGGAAUCUUUGUUCUGAUCUAUAAACUCACCCGCCAAAAGACCUGCUCCGGUCUUUCUUUGAAGUCUCAAGAGGUCACUGCAAUAUUUCUUGCUGUGAGGUUGAUGUGCAGUCUAACCAUGGAAGGAGACAUCCAUACAUUUCUCGAUUUCGCCACCUUUGUAUCGACUCUAUGGGUUAUUUAUAUGAUUCGGUAUAAGCUCAACUCGUCCUACGUCAAGGAGCUCGACAAUUUCCCCAUCUACUAUCUGGUUGUGCCAUCUGCUAUCCUCGCAUUUCUUAUCAAUCCUACUGCUCCGUAUCAUUACAUCGUUCGUGUCAUGUGGGCGUUCUGCGUUUACUCAGAAUCCGUCUCUGUUUUGCCUCAGCUUCGUUUGAUGCAAAAUGCCAAGAUGAUAGAGCCAUUCACAGCUCACUAUGUAUUCGCCCUUGGGAUCGCCAGGUUCUUGGCAUGUGCUCAUUGGCUUAUCCGGGUCUACGAGACGAGAGGACGCUACCUAUGGCUUAUCGGGGCGGGUUACUUUUGGUUUCCGGCCGCUCUGUUAUCCGAGGUCGUCCAGACGUUCAUCCUCGCCGACUUCUGUUACUACUAUGUCAAAAGUGCCAUGGAAGGACAGCUUGUCCUGAAGAUGCCGGUUUAGAUGAACAAUGAGUGUUGUUUUUCUCUUCUCUUUGUUAUGAGCUGCAACACAAACUAACUGUUGAAAAAAAAAAAUUAGCGACUUGCUUAGUUUUCUGUCAAAUCUUUUUUCCUUGAUAAUUUAAAAGUUAAAAAACCA